ACACACGGAGAUUCUGAAGAGCUCACAAUCUCUCUCUCCCUCCCCCCAACCUGUUUAUUCUUUUUCAGCAUCAUAUAAUGCAAACAAUGCUCUGUCAGUGGUUAUAGAAUAAACAAUAGAAUUUUCAGUCAAUAUAAUGGAAGAUGGCAUGUUUUUGAGCGUUGUCUGGUGCAUUCUUAUAGCCCUGGCAUAAAGCCCACACAAGUACCUGACGUCACUCAUGGCAACUUCAGUGAGCACUUGAAUGCUUUACAAACCAGGUAAAAAAAGCUAAUAUUUCUGCCAUGUCAGGUUUGUGUACUAAAUGUGUCUUGUAAAAGGUCUGGUAGUAGGGAUUACUUUACUUGAAGUCUGCUGAUGUAGAUUUGUCCCCACCAACAUAAGAUAUCCAAGCUGGUGUAAUAGUACAGUUCAAUACACUUCUCACUACACUUUAGUAUCAUUCCAUACUCAGACAGACAGCAUUGUAUCAAAUUUGCACGUGACAAAGUAAGCCUUAAAGUCUAUUGUCUUGUUAUUUUUGUCAAUUAAUAAGGGUGUUAAUAAGUGUUUUCAGAUGGUCUCACAAGUGUUUCUACAGUACAAAAGGUAUUUUGUGUGACUAUGUCCUACAUGUGUAAAGAACCCUUUGUUUUAUGUAUUUAAUGAUGGCACCUCAAUGUUCUUCUUUUACUGUGCAUGCAUGUAUAUGACUCUGGAAAGUAUCAUACUUCAUUGGUUGUCACUCUAAUGAGCCAUGAGUGAAACUCUUGAAUAAAGGACUAUGCCCCAUUACCUGUGUGUGUGUGUUUAUCAUUACUCAUGCUCAACUUUUGUGAUGACUUUUGAACUACUGAGUUUAAUAAAUGGGGUGAAGAAGAUGCCUGGCAGGUCCAGGCCCUGCCGCAUCAGGUAAUAAGCAUGUUAUAACAAUGAACUUGAUCCUAAUCAACACAUAACAAUGCAUCUGUUUGUUCACUUGCACACUUGAACAUCUGCGAUGGACUUUGGAAUUUCCGAGAGGGGAGCGAGUCCAGUCAGAUGCGCCCAUCUUACGGGGGACUUCACUAUGAAGCCGCAAAAACAACAGAAUGGGAGGAAGCGGUGUUCUCUGACUUUUUCCUCCUGUGAAGGCGCAUUUCCUUUUGUCGCCUCAACUUUGCUCAUCUGAACCAGUGAGCGCUAGAGUCAGUUACAACCAAAAUGGAUACUGUGCUUUACGUCCUACUGGUAAUGCUGCGUUUUUCCGACACACUGAGUUUUCUUAUUGCACACACAACGAAAGGAUUGUGCUUGUCCAGGCUAAACAAGGGCAAAAUUGUCUACCUCGGCGUGUGUGACAGUACUAGCCCCGCUCAGCAAUGGAGGUGGACAGACGACAUGAAGCUUUACCAUAAAAAUUCAUCCAAGUGUCUAUGGGCAGACACAGACGGGGCGCAGUAUGAGGCUCGCUUGGUCGGUCUCAACGACUGUGGCAGAGCACCUGCAUGGAAAUGCUACGAUGAAUGGGGGAUCUUCGGGUUAGUGGACAAGCCACUGUACCUAAAGAAACAAGGCAUACGAGUUGUUCUCCAGAGGGACCCUAGGUAUUCAAACUGGACCAGAGCCAAAAUCGAUAAAACAGGAAAACGGCAAAUGACAUCCCUUUGCCAAAUCAAAGGUCCCACAACAAUCUCCACAUCCACAUUCUCAUCAACAUAUAAAUCUACUGCUUAUCCUAGCACAUAUUCAGAAGGCUCAGAAACCUCCCUCGACCCAUUAUUUAUUACAAAUACAAAUCAUGUUCAGAGGACUCACAUAUCCACACAGCAAAUCACAACAUUAAGAGCCCCUGUAACUGUUCAGAACAGAGCGGUCACACACUCUAGUGAUAUGGCGAGGCCUCGGACCAGGAGGACUGUGACCAGUGCUGUCAAACCCGUGUCUGUGCCAAUAACCCCUGAUGCACUUAAUGGAAGUGAUAUCACCACCACGGGAUCUGAUGCUUCAUUUACUGAAGCUGUCAACACAGGUGAUGAAACUGACUUCUCCACAAGCUCUGCAACGGUAUUCAACCGUGGGUUUGGGGAUGAAACAGUCUCGUCCGAGGCCUUUGCCUCCAAAACCCAAUCUGCUGGUGUUCAGGAGCUGUCAGCCGCAGCUAGUACCUCCACAGCAGGUGUCCCCACCACACAUCUUCCCACGGAUGACAUAGAAAUGUCUCCCCUCACAGAAUCCAUGUCUGAUCCUGUUCCUUUCAGUCACACCGUAGGGACCACUUCUGCUACAGACUCCGUAACCACUAAAGCUCUGACAACAAUGACACCUGAAAGCAUCCCGCAUACUGAUGCAAGCACACAAACUGAGGAGGCAUCCGCAUCCGCAUCCGCAUCCGCUGCCACUUCUACCACAGUCUCAGAGACUACCACAGGAAUAUUCACCACACCAGUUCAGUCUACCAUGACACCCAAAUCCUCUCUGACCGCCAGCAGAGUGCCUCUGGUCAGAACUAGAGGUACUACACCCAUAUCAAGUUCAUCUACAAGUACAGUUACUUCAGGUCCUCCAACCACUGCCUCAGCUCUUAGCACCAGUAGUCCACCUGCAUCCAGCACUACUCGUUUCCUAAUUCAAACUACUGAGAUGCCAACAAGCACUGUUGGUCUCAUCAGCACUAUUCAGACAACCACAGCUGCUACUGAAACAACUACAACCACCGCUAAGCCAACCUCAACCACUGUUUUGACAACCACAACCACAGCCGCAACAACUAGCCUAGCCAGAACGACCACCACAGAUAAAACCACUCCUGAGUUAACUACACCCAUUACUACCCUGGCCACAACUACCACACCGCCAACUACUACUACUGCUGCUACUACAACUCAGAAGAGCACAACGUAUCCUACAACCACAGCCACAACACAGCUGCCCGAAACGACUGAGGCAAUCAGAUGUUGGAUAAAUAGCACGGAGAUCAGUGCCCGCACCGAUAUAAUUGAGUUAAAAUUAACAACCAUACGAGAAGCCUGCAACUUCAGCGUGAUUUAUAGCAGCGUGUCUCCUGAAACGAACUGCCAUUCAACUGGGGAUGACAGUAAAUAUUUUCAGUGUCUAAUUAAGGAUCUGAAUCCUGGCACCUUUUACCAACUGGAAAUAAUUUCAACGACUGACGGAGAGAGAACAAAUGUUUCAGUGCAAACAGACCCAGAGCCUCCCACAGAUGUGGUGGUCGAGCCUGACAGCGAUGCCACGUCUGGGCUGCGCGUGCACUGGUCUCACCCGCGUGGCAGAGUGGACUGGUAUGAGCUCAGUCUGGAGGACGCAGGCACGGGGGACCGCCGGAGCACCAGGGUGAUGGGCUCAGCAGCCCCCCAGUUAGGCUUCACUGCCCUCACGCCUGGGACCCUCUACACCGUGCAUCUGCAGGCCACCGCAGGGGACAGAGUGUCUGCUCCAGCACGCAGCACCGCAGCCACAGCUCCGUCUGCCAUCAGGGGCCUGAGGCUCUCUGCGUCCUCCAGCAACAUCAGUGUGUCCUGGCAGCCCGGUCCUGGCCGGACAGAGCACUUCUGGGUGCUGCUGAGGGAGCAGGAGAGCCUGGUGCAGAAUGUCACUGUGGGGAGUGGGGUGACCUCACAUAGCUUCACUGGUGUGACCCCAGGAACUCUGCACACAGUAGCGGUGGCGGCGCAGUCUAUGGGCAUCCAAAGUGAUUCAGUGUCUAAAGAAGUUCUCGCAGGUAAGGCAAAAAUGACAGGAGGCUGCUUUCAGGUAUGUCAAAUGAAAGGGUUCUGUUUAGCUUAAGUUAAUCUUCUUCUCUAAGUUUAGAUCCACUACCUCUCCAGAGUCUCCUCAGCCUCUCAGACAGACCUUAUGUACACCUACAA